AUGGUCCGCAAAACGUCCUCUGGUUUCUUCUCGUCCAUUCAGGAAGAUAUGCCACUUCGCGUAUCCCGAGGCUACGACCGAAUUCUCCAGCAUACUGCCUACCCACCCUGCACGUUACCUCUCAAUCCUCAAAAAGAGAAAUUCUCCCCAGAAAGAUAUACUCAGCGGUACAUAGACUUCAUGACCGAGAACCCCACCAUCUUUCAUGCCGUCGACUAUUUCGCCGAGAAGCUAAACCAGGCUGGCUACGUAUAUCUCUCAGAACGAGAACAAUGGAAGAUUAAGCCCGGCGGAAAAUAUUACACGAAGCGGAACAACAGUGCAUUCAUUGCCUUUGCCGUUGGGAAAGACUACAAGCCUGGAAACGGCGUCGGCAUCGUCGCUGGCCAUAUCGAUGCCCUCACUGCAAAGGUCAAGCCGAUUCCCAAGUUGCAGACAAAAGCAGGCUAUGUUCAGCUUGGUGUCGCACCCUAUGCUGGUGGGAUGAACAUGACUUGGUGGGAUAGAGAUUUGGGUAUCGGCGGCAAGGUUCUUGUAAAGACCGAUGAUGGGACAAUAGAAGAGAGACUCGUUAAGCUGGAUUGGCCCAUUGCACGAAUACCAACACUCGCACCCCAUUUUGGGGCAGCUUCCCAGGGCCCGUUCAACCCAGAAACAAAUAUGGUUCCCAUCAUUGGACUUGACAACUCGGAUCUCUCGGGAAAGGAGCUGCCUUCCCUGAAGCUACCUGCGGGUACUUUUGUCGCAAGACAACCAGAGCGUCUCGUGCGAGCGAUUGCAGGGAAAAUGGGUAUCACAGACUACACUUCCAUUGUCAAUUGGGAACUCGAGCUUUUUGACGUCCAGCCCGCCCAGCUCGGUGGCUUGGAUAAGGAGUUUAUCUUUGCAGGCAGAAUCGACGACAAGCUUUGCUGCUUUGCUGCCAUUGAAGGGCUUCUGGCGUCCCCCGACGACGCGUCGCCUGGUAUCAUCAAGAUGGUUGGGUGCUUCGACGACGAAGAAGUGGGAAGCUUCUUAAGGCAAGGUGCAAGAUCGAAUUUUAUGCCCAGCACCAUCUCGAGGAUCUGCGAGGCCUUGAACGACUACAACUGUGGCCCCAACCUCAUCAAUCAGACAUUGGCCAAUUCGUUCCUGGUAUCUUCCGACGUGAUUCACGCAGUCAAUCCCAACUUCCUUUACGCGUAUCUGGAGAACCACUCCCCGCGCUUGAACGUUGGAGUUGCUGUCUCUGCGGACCCCAAUGGACAUAUGACAACCGACAGCGCCUCGACUGCUUUGUUGUCUCGAAUUGCCGAGAAAUGUGGUAGCACCUUGCAAGUGUUUCAAAUUCGCAAUGACAGUCGGAGCGGAGGCACUAUUGGACCCAUGACUAGAGCUACCACUGGGUCGCUCGACCCGGGUCUCGGAGUUCAACUGUACAAAGGUUUCUUCGAUUAUUAUGAGGAGGUCGACGCCGAGUUCGCCGACUAG